AUCAAAGGACAAAUUCAUUUUUGAAGAAAUUUACAUUUUCUCCUCUCCAUUUUCCAGCUGGAAUUCCUGGUGGUUCUACUGGAGAGAGUGAUGGUGGCAAUCAGGAUUUCCCAAUGGUUUAUGUCAUUGUGACCUGUGUGGGAGGUGUCAUCUUCCUGAUUCUUUUGGCUGGUGGAACAUAUUUAUUAUGCAGACGGAGACAAGACCAUCGACAGCGCAUGCGUCAAGGAUACAUGAAGCCAGGAGGCAAAGGAAAGGGUGACUUGAAGCCUCCUGACUUGUGGAUUCAUCAUCAAGAGCAUGUGGAGAUGAGAUGUGUAGAUGGAGGACAGAGUGAUGAUGAAUUGAAUGUUCAGGCACAGUCUCAUCGUCCAGGAACAUCUACCCCAGUGCAGAAGCAGUACCUGAGUAAUUCGACAUUAGACCGACGCUCUGUGUCGGGCUUUGGAGGCUCCUCCACCUACCUCAGCAGUAAAGGAGAUAUACGGCGUGGUGAGAGUCCAGAAAAGGCAUUCGCCACUGGCCGUCGCCCACCCGUCAAACCCAAGCCUUCCAUCAUGAUCCCUGUUGAUGCACAGCCACCAAAAGAACCUCUGGCUAUUGUAAAUGGUGAAGUAUUAGUGGGUCCCCCACGACCUCCAUCAUAUCCCCGAACCCAAUUUCAUAUGACACGAACAGCUGCUCAUGUCACUGUUGACCCAUCUGGUGCACCUGUCAUGCACACUUCACCAACAGUGGAGCAUCCAUAUAGCGUCGUGGCCACAACGGCUUCCAUCACGAUGACCACCGGUCCCUUUGACUCGGAGGAGGACCGAAGUGGACUCAAGAGCUUCCAUCCACAGUAUCCAUAUCCAUUGAGCAGUGGGAAGCCUCACUCAAAUCCCCCCACCCACUCUCAAUCACAGCCUCAUUCUCCCACUGGAGAAAUGUUGCCAAAGGUGACGACCCCGCUGCGUCGGGUCCACAGCCCCCCUCACCCCUUGGCAAACCCUCGAGUGCUCAGCACUGCUUCAUCUGCAGACCUCAAGGUAGUGGCUGUGAUUCCCACUCUGAGUACAGAGGAGUUGAGUCAAGAGAUGGCAAAUCUUGAAGGGUUAAUGAAGGAUCUUAAUGCCAUCACGGCUUCCCAGUUCGAGUGAACGUCUUCUAUUCGUCCGACGCACUCGGGCGUUCAUGUAUCGAUUAUCACGUCUCGUGCAUUUCGUCGACUUCCAGUUUCGUCCUUCCGUGGAAAGUAUUUACUUUCUGUCUUUGUCAUUUUGAUACCACGAUUGCUGGAAUUUUAUUUUUUGACUCAGUGGAUUGGUGCAAUGUUUUUUCCUCCUUUUUUGCAUUCACUGGAUCCUUUUAUUUUGGUACAGUCUCAGUGCCAUGCUCAAAGGUGCAUUUCAUGAAUUCAAUUUUUGUUUCUUUUUUAAUUUAUUUCUUGUAAUUUGUAUCUCAGAAAUAUCUCUGUGUGUGCCUGUCCAUGUUUAAAGACAUCUUUGCACAUAUUCGAAAUGAAGUGGCAUUUUGUACCCAUCCCAGAAGUUAUAUGAUUUUGCAGUAGCCAGAUAGUAAUGCAGUCCAGGAAUGGCUCGGUUAAACUGGGC